UUAUUAUUUAAAUGCCGAAAACUGUAAGCAAAAUGCAACGUGGUGUUGCAAUAUCAAUUGAUGUAUAUGUUACGGUAAUUUUCCUGUCUAUGGAUGCUUCCUUGUAGCAGUCAUCUUAGCCGUACAUCUUUAAAUAAUACGUUCUCACUAAUGAUUUCAUACUAUGACUGUAAAUUGAAAUCAUGACUUUUUUCCUUUAACAUUAUGACGGAUAUUUAAAUGCUGAAACUGCAUUCUUGUGGCAUGAACUAAAAUAAAACUUUGCUUAGUAUUUACUUCCAUGGUUGUUUAGAUUAUAAACUUCUAGGCAGGAUGUCUCUUAAUGAUGUUGUGAUUAUUUCCAGUGCACGGACUCCUAUUGGAUCCUUUCGCGGUUCACUUUCAUCAUUAUCAGCUGUUCAGCUCGGCAGCAUAGCUAUCAAUGGAGCUAUUGAAAAUGCAGGAAUACAAAAAGAUGCUGUUCAAGAAGUUUUUAUGGGUUGUGUUUUACAAGCUAAUAUUGGACAAGCUCCAGCAAGACAAGCAAGUAUUGGUGCCGGUCUACCUGUUUCAACACCUUGUACAACUGUAAAUAAAGUCUGUGCUUCAGGCAUGAAAGCAGUUAUGCUAGGUGCACAGAGUUUAAUGCUUGGUCUUCAGGAUGUUAUUGUUGCUGGUGGAAUGGAAAGUAUGUCCAAUGCUCCUUAUUAUCUUCAAAGAGGAGAAACACCAUAUGGAGGAAUAGAAUUAAAAGAUGGAUUAGUAAUUGAUGGCCUAACAGAUGCACAUGGUAAUGGACAUAUGGGUAAGUGUGCUGAAGGUAUAGCAAGAAAAUUUGACUUUUCCAGAGAAGAUCAAGAUGAGUAUGCAAUAAGUAGUUACAAGAGAGCAAUUGCUGCAGAAGAAUUAGGUAUUUUUGAAGAGGAGAUUGUGCCUGUAACUGUGCCAGGAAAGAGAGGGAAACCAGAUAUAAUUAUUAAUACAGAUGAAGAACUGAAGCGAGUGAACUUUGAAAAAAUACCUUCUCUUAAACCUGUUUUCUGUAAUGAUGGCACAAUUACAGCAGCUAAUGCUAGCUCUUUAAGUGAUGGUGCAGCAGCUUGUGUAUUGACAACCAGUGCUUAUGCAGAGUCAAUGAAUAUAAAACCAAUAGCUAAAGUAUUAGCAUUUGCAGAUGCAGCUGUUGAUCCUCAAGAUUUUCCCAUAGCUCCAGCUUAUGCAAUACCAAAAAUUUUAGAAAGAGCCAAUGUUCAGAAAGAUGACAUUGCAUUGUGGGAAAUCAAUGAAGCUUUUAGUGUAGCUGGACUUGCUAAUAUAAAAAUGCUGAAUUUAAAUCAAGAAAAGGUUAACAUUCAUGGUGGAGCAGUUAGUUUAGGACAUCCUUUAGGAAUGUCUGGAGCUCGUAUAAUAUUUCAUCUUUUACAUUCUCUGUCAUCAACACAAAAAGGCAUAGCUGCAGUCUGUAAUGGUGGGGGAGGUGCCUCAGCUAUAUUGAUAGAAAAGCUUUGAUUAUUUUCAUCUGUGCUUGGUUAUUACUGUUAAAAGUUAUCUGCUUUUUGCAUAUAGUAUGUAGCAGCAAGCAUGUUAUUUUCAUAUGUAAAUUCAUUUAAAAUAAAAUAUUUAUAUUUUAUAAAUGGGUGGUUUCCAAA